GGUGCUUGUCUCAGGUGCACCAACAUGGCGCCAAAGGGCAAGAAGGUCGCGGCGGCGCCGUCCGCCGUGAAGAAGGCGGCGGCCCCCGCUAAACCUGUCAACCCCCUCUAUGAGAAGCGGCCCAAGACCUUCAGCAUUGGCGGCGACCUGCCCAUGAAGCGGGACAUGCACCGCUUUGUGAAGUGGCCCAAGUAUGUGCGCAUCCAGCGGCAGCGGCGUGUGCUCAACCAGCGCCUCAAGGUGCCCCCAGCGCUCAACCGCUUCACCCGCACCCUGGACAAGAACAUGGCUGAGACCCUGUUCAAGCUGCUGAUGAAGUACCGCCCCGAGGACAAGGCGGCCAAGAAGGAGCGGCUGCUCAAGGAGGCGCAGGCGCGGGAGGCGGGCCAGGAGGUUGAGAAGAAGAAGCCUGUGGUGGUCAAGUACGGCAUCAACCACAUCACGCAGCUGGUGGAGAGCGGCAAGGCGCAGGCGGUGGUGAUUGCGCACGACGUGGACCCCAUUGAGCUGGUGGUCUGGCUGCCCGCGCUGUGCAAGAAGAUGGGUGUGCCCUACUGCAUCGUCAAGGGCAAGGCGCGGCUGGGCACCGUGGUGCACAAGAAGACUGCCACCGCGCUGGCGCUGACGACUGUGAAGAACGAGGACCAGCGCGAGUUUGCCAAGCUGGUGGAGUCGUUCAAGACGAUGUACAAUGACGGCCCGCGCGUCAGCUGGGGCGGCGGCAUCAUGGGCCCCAAGAGCCAGGCGGUGAUGAAGAAGCGGGAGAAGGCGCUGGCCAAGGAUGCCCGCGCAUGAUGAGCUGGCGCCACGUAGGCGGUGCUCAAACACGCCGCCGGCAGCUGGCGGGCACCGCGCUAGCUCGGAACAGGAGUAGGAGGGGCAGGGCGCCCCUCCCCAGCAAUACCAGGGUGGCAAGGCCGCCGUGUGUGCUGCGUGGGUUUCUGCGGUAUCACCUGCCUACCCGCCUCCAGGGACAGCGCGCCCGCUGUAACACCCACACUUAGCAACACUCCCUCGCCACAC